AUGACGGCCCAUGACCUCGAUCACAAACGCUCUCUGAUGGGAAUUGGCUGUUGCGUCGAUAUAGUCGAUGGCUUUGCAGAUCCGCGCCAGCGACGAGUAACAGCCGAUCGUGGCAUCUGUGAGCGACAUGUCGUUGUCGAUGGAGCCCAGAGUACCGCAAAUGUUGAGAUGCUUGUGGUUCUCGUACUGCUGGGUGGUGAUUUUCCCUGUUUCGUGGAGCUCCUUAAUCAGGGACGGCCAUUCUGCACGGAACAGGUCUGCGCCCGUGAGAGAACCGUCUCCGCCACACACGAUCAGAGCGUCGAUACCUGCGUCGAUCAUGUUCUUGCACGCUGCGGACCGGCCCCAUCUCUCCUUGAACUCCAUACAUCUGGCUGUGCCGAUAUUGGUACCACCUUCAGCAAGCCAUCCACGCACGUCGUUCCAAUGCAUUUCCCGGAUAUACUCCGGCCCGCCUUUGACAAGACCCGAGUACCCUUCGUAGACAGCGUACGCCUUGCACCCCUUGUAGAUGGCAGCUCUGAUGAUUGCUCUGACAUUUGCGUUCAUUCCUGGAGCAUCGCCGCCCGAAGUCAUGACGGCGAUGUUUUUGGCCGUGGCCACCGCCUUGAGCACCGACUCGGCGCUGCUGGCGGUGUCUGGCGGCUGCUCGGGCUCUUUGCACCGGAAGUACUGGCUGGUGCCAAUGGUGUUUGCAACGUCAGUGAACCCAACAACAGCCCCCAACGGGUCCACCACGUACACCUCGUACGCAUUGAGCUUGUCUGGACGGGUCUGAAACGGCACGCUGGCUGCCUCGAGUCGCUGGAUCAACGUGUCCAGUUUGGCCGUAGUGAAACAAACGUUGCGCUGGAGGGUUCUCCAGUCAAGCUCUUGUUCCUUCUUCAACAGAUGGUCGAUGUUGGCGGCGACUUUCUCUGCUGCGAUGGCUCUGGAGGCGUCCACCUUGAUCUCAAUGGUGGUUGCUUCCUGGUGAGCAGCCUCGAUCUCCAAAACACAGGAGUCUGCGUCGUGCUGGGCAACCUCGAACCCCAGCACUUGUUCGUAGAACCGCACCGUCUGGCCAAACAACGCCCUGUUCGGAGCGUAGUAAACGGCCAGACAGAUACCGCUCAGUAG